UAUUACAACCCUAAACAAUUUAACAUUAAUAUAACAAAACUCAUCUACUUUCCUACAUGGCUUUGUGUUACUCCACAAAGCUAGUGAUAUUGCUUCUGGGUGGCUCUCUUCUCCUUGGCUAUGGCGUAAUCGAACUCCAAGCCUCUCACCACGUCCAAAAUGCUACAACUCUUGAUCAAUCUCUUAUAUCUGCUGAUCAACCUUACCGGACCGCCUACCAUUUUCAACCCGUUCAAAAUUGGAUGAAUGAUCCGUGUGGACCAGUGAUAUACAAAGGAAUUUAUCACCUAUUUUACCAGUACAACCCUAUUGGUAACGGGUCACCCGAUGGUCCUCGUGUAUGGGGCCACUCAACAUCAUUCGACAUGGUCAAUUGGAGUCCACAACCACUAAUCUUAGAACCACAAAUGGUAUCCAACAUGAAUGGAAGUUACAGUGGAUCCAUUACUAUAAUUCAAGGAUAUAUACCAGCAAUUCUCUUUACUGGUAUAACCCCCCAAAAUGAACAAGUCCAAGAUUUGGCCUUUCCUAAAGAUAUAUCCGACCCAUAUCUUAAAGAAUGGGUUUUGGUACCCGAAAACCCAGUAAUGUCUCCUACACUAGAAAACAACAUAAAUGCAAGCUCGUUUAGGGAUCCGACCACGGCUUGGCGGUUGUCAGAUGGCAACUGGAGAGUGUUAAUCGGGAGUAAGAUAGAUAGACUUGGUUUGGCUUUAUUGUUUAGAAGUAUGGAUUUUAUUAAUUGGGUUCAAGCUGACGAACCAUUAUAUUCAUAUGAUCAAACUGGUAUGUGGGAAUGCCCUGAUUUUUUCCCCGUUUAUAUAAACGGGUUUCCAAUUGGAGUUGAUACUUCUGCCAUUGGUCCAACUGUUAAGCACGUGCUCAAAGUUAGUUUGGAUGAUACUAAACGUGAUAUUUACGCAAUUGGUACGUAUGAUACUACCAAGGAUGCUUAUAUUCCUGAUGCGGGUUUCUUGAAUGACUCAAGUUUGCGGUAUGAUUAUGGUAAAUAUUAUGCUUCCAAAACAUUUUAUGAUAAUUUAAAGAUGCAGAGGAUAUUACUAAGUUGGAUUAAUGAGUCAUCAACUGUGGAAGAUGAUAUUAAAAAGGGAUGGUCUGGGAUUCAUGCUAUCCCAAGACGAGUUUGGCUUGACAAAUCAAGGAAGCAAUUGAUCCAAUGGCCAAUAGCAGAAAUCGAACGCUUGAGAGUAAAUCCAGUCAUUUUACCCACCCAAGUGAUCAAAGGAGGAUCAACUAUUGAAAUUCCUCGAAUUACUGCAGCACAGGCAGAUGUAGAAAUAUCAUUUCGAGUUAGAGACAUGCCGAUAAUUGAGAGGUUUGAUGCAAGUUGGACCAACCCACAAUUGCUUUGCAGCCAAAAGGGGCCCACAGUAAGUGGUGGGCUAGGCCCAUUUGGGUUACUGACUUUGGCGUCCACGGGCCUGGAAGAGUAUACGGCUGUUUUCUUCAGGAUUUUCAAAGCUUAUGACACUAAUAAAUUUAUUGUUCUAAUGUGCAGUGAUCAAAGCAGGUCUUCUUUAAAUCCAACACCAGAUAAGACUACAUAUGGAACUUUUGUGAAUGUCGAUCCUAUUCGUGAAGGGUUGUCUUUAAGGGUUUUGAUUGAUCACUCCAUAGUGGAGAGCUUCGCAAACAAAGGGAAAAAUGUGAUCACGGCGAGGGUGUAUCCCACAUUAGCAAUAUAUGACAAGACUCGUUUAUAUGCAUUCAACUAUGGCGUAAACAAUGUUGAUAUCACUUGGUUGACUGCUUGGUCUAUGAGGAAAGCUAAUAUUGCUUAGCCCAAUUCUUACAAAAUUUACAAAUAUACGUAUAAACCACGGAGGAGCUUUACUCC